UUAAGAAGCAGACAGCAAGCGGAGAAUAAGAGGUGUUAUUGUUUGGGAUUCUUUCCAACUCGUUCCAUUACACGCUGUAGAUAUUUACGGCCUACGGUUUGCACCUAGAUAUCGCAAUGCCGCAAGUUAAAAGCGUUGCCAUCAUCGGCACGGGACCGGCUGGGGCUAUUGCUGUCGAUGCUUUGGCGCAGGAGAAAGCUUUCGACCGAAUUCGUGUUUUCGAGCGACAGGAGAAGGCGGGUGGAUGCUGGGUGGCACGACCGGAGGAGAAAGCGGUCCCUCUGGAUGUUGAGAAGCUCUCAGCAAGAAUAGCUGAUGCCCCGCUCCCGAUCCCUGAAACUCUUCCCCAGUCUACGCCGGCAUCAUCGCAACAUCGCUUCACUGACUCUCAUGUCUACCCCAAUCUGCAUACCAAUGUGGAUGCUGCCACCAUGGGGUAUUCCCUGGAACCGAUCCCAGUUGUUCGCUCUGAAUGGUCAAUUGGGCUUCACGGGCCCGACACACCGUUCCGCCAUCAUACGGUGAUUCGGCAAUAUGUCGAGGAUCUUCUCAAUCGUAACGGCUACCAAGAUCUGGUUGAGUACAACACCACUGUAGAAUCCGCCGUGAAAGAUCCUCAGUCUGACAAAUGGGUCUUGACCCUCCGACGAGCGGGCAAGCCUGGAGGAGAAGACUAUUGGUGGAGCGAAACCUUUGAUGCCCUGGUUGUUGCCUCGGGGCAUUUCGCAGUACCAUACGUACCGGCCAUCCCCGGUCUCAAGGAUUUCGUAGAGAAGUACCCCGAGAAUGUCUUACACACAAAACAAUAUCGUGGUCCAGAACAAUUUCGAGGCAAGAAAGUCAUCACGGUUGGAGCCUCGGUGUCUGCGGCAGACACUGCUGUUAGCUUGAUCGGCUCUGCUCAGUCACCCAUCUACGCCGUUGUUCGCGGCAAGUAUAAUCCCUACUUCGGAGACGAAGCAUUCAAGCAUCCUCAGAUCGACCGGCGGCCGCCGAUCGCGCGUGUCUCCUGCGAAAACGGAGACCGCACUGUUCACUUCGAGGACGGGACCUCGGUCUCAGGCGUCGAUUAUAUCAUCUUUGGCACGGGCUUCACUUGGACAUUACCAUUCUUGCCCAGCAUCCCGAUGCGAAACAAUCGCAUUCCCGAUGUGUACCUCCACGUUUUCCAUCGGCAGGAUCCGACUUUAAUGUUUAUUGGAGGCGUUGGCGCCGGAUUGACGUUCAAGAUCUUCGAAUGGCAAGCAGUGGCAGCCGCGCGGGUGCUGGCAGGCAAGGCUCAGCUACCGCCGCACGAAGAGCGACAAAAAUGGGAGCAGGAUCGGAUCGCGAAGAAGGGCGAUGGACCGGGCUUCUUGAUGAUAAAUCCCGAGUUCGAGGAGUACUUUGAACAGCUCCGACAGCUGGCAGGCGAGCCGAAAGAGGGCGAGCCGGGGCGCAGAUUGCCCCCGUUCGAACAAUCCUGGGUGGACUUGUUCAACGCAGGCCACGAGCGCCGGAUCGAAAUGUGGAAAAAGGCCAAUGCGACUGCAGCAGGAAGCAGGCUUAGUAUCAUCACUACAGCCUUUCCUCUGGGCAACGGACGGCUAGGAGCAAUGCCCAUUGGCCUUCCCGGCAAAGAGAUUGUCAAUCUGAAUGUUGAUUCUCUAUGGCGCGGGGGCCCUUUCGAGAACCCAGCUUAUACCGGUGGUAAUCCGAAUGUCUCCAAGGCCGACGCUUUGCCCGGGAUCAGGGAAUGGAUCUUUCAGAACGGAACCGGCAAUGUGACUGCUCUCUAUGGAGAUUUCCCGGACUACGGCUCCUACCAGGUUUUGGGCAAUUUGACCAUCGAUCUCGGAGACAUGGGGGCUGUGUCUAAUUACCGGCGCAGCCUCGACUUGGAGUCGGGCGUUUACCUGGAUCAGUUCAAGACUGGCAAUGUCGACAUCACCCGAGAAGCGUUCUGUUCGUUUCCGGAUCAAGUCUGUGUCUAUCGACUAGCAUCCAACCGAUCCUUGCCGGCAAUCACUUUCGGGCUGGAGAAUCAGCUCUCGUCUCCGACCCCGAAUGUCACCUGCCAAGGCAAUAGCAUCAGUCUGUACGGAGUCACCGCGCCUACCAUCGGCAUGAUCUACAAUGCCCGAGCGACGGUAGUUGUGCCGGGAGCGAAAUCCUCGAGCAACUACUGUUCACCAAACAACGCCACCGUCAACGUUCCAAAAGGUCACCGUGAGGUAUUCCUCAUCUUUGCCGCCGGCACCGACUACGAUGCGUCCAAGGGCAACGCUGCGGCUGGAUUCUCAUUCCGGGGGGAAGACCCCUACAGGCAAGUGCUGCAGACAGCGACAAGCGCCGCCAAAAAGUCGUACUCGGCAUUGAAAUCGGCGCACCUGAAAGACUUCCAAGCGCUCUCGGGCACCUUCGAGCUCUCCCUGCCAGACCCGAACAACUCCUCCAGCAAGCCAACCACGGAGCUGAUCAACUCCUACACGUUGCCCGGGGACCCAUUCGUCGAGAAUCUGCUAUUCGACUACGGUCGAUACCUCUUCAUCUCCUCCUCGCGACCGGGGAGUCUGCCGCCCAACCUGCAGGGCCUGUGGACGGAAUCCUACUCGCCCGCGUGGAGCGGCGACUACCACGCCAACAUCAACCUGCAGAUGGCGCACUGGGCCGUGGAGCAGACGGGUCUAGGGGACUUGACGGAGCCGCUGUGGCGAUACAUCACGGAGACGUGGAUGCCGCGGGGGGCGGAGACGGCGGAGCUGCUGUACGGGGCCAGCUCGGGCUGGGUGACGCACGACGAGAUGAACACCUUUGGCCAUACGGCCAUGAAAAACGACGCGCAAUGGGCCAACUACCCCGUGUCGAACGCCUGGCUCGCCCACCACGCGUGGGACCACUUCGACUACACGCAGGAUGCAGCCUGGUACGAGGAGACGGGGUAUCCGAUCCUGGCCGGGGUGGCCGAGUUCUGGGUCUCGCAGCUGGUGGCUGACGAAUACUUCCACGACGGCACCCUGGUCGUCAACCCGUGCAACUCGCCGGAACAUGGUCCAACCACAUUCGGCUGCACGCACUACCACCAACUUCUCACCGAACUCUUCACCCACCUCCUGACCACCCGUCCCAAAACCAACACCCUGCACACCACCCUCUCCAAAACCCUCCCCCACCUCUCCCCCGGCCUCAUUAUCGGGAGCUGGUCCCAAAUCCAAGAAUGGAAACUCGACCUCGACACCCGCAACGACACCCACCGCCACCUCUCCAACCUCUACGGCUGGUACCCGGGCUCCUCCAUCUCGAGCCCACACGCCACCAACCGCACCGUCACCGACGCCAUCGCCACAACCCUGUACUCCCGGGGCAACGGCACCGAAGAUCAGAACACGGGGUGGGCGAAGGUGUGGCGCAGCGCGUGCUGGGCCGGCCUCAAUGAGACCGUAAACGCAUACGCGGAGCUGGCCCUCGCCGUGCAGGAGAACUUUGGGCCGAAUGGGCUGAGUCUGUACGGCGGAAGUGUGCCGUUCCAGGCGGAUGCGAAUUUCGGGGUCGUCGGGGCGGUGUUGGAGAUGUUGGUGCGGGAUAAGGAUCUUAGUUAUGCGCGGUUGGAUGCAGCACAGAAUGGGGGGGUUGGGGGGAAAGUGCAGGUGCAAGAGAUAGUGCUGGGGCCGGCGAUUCCGGAGGCGUGGGGAGGCGGGCAGGUGAGUGGGGUGAGGGUUAGAGGGGGUGGGAGGGUGAGUUUCCGGUGGGAUGCGGAGGGGGUGGUGGAUUGGUGUGAGUUUGAGGGGGCAGGGAGGGGCGAGGGGUUGGAGGAGGUGAGCUUCUUUGUUAAGGGGGGUGGGGCGAUUCAGUGCUGA